AAAAUCCCACCAAGUAACACACACACGUAUGACUACUAUUAAUUCUUCAUUCAUACAUCAUAAAUACUUAAAAAAUCAGAAGAAUUAGAAAAAUAUAUAUAAACGUAUUGAGUAAGAGAACCAUUGGUUGAGUGUGGCGGUGUAAACAAGACAGGAGAUUCAAGUGAGAUUUGUCCUCUCUCUUUAUACUCUUAAAAUACUGUACUACCAAGAUGGGGAGUCGUAGCUUGCAGGAGUUGUUGCAACAGGCAGAGCAGCUAGCCAGUAAUCUGAAUGGUGGAGGUGAACUUCCACGUGUUGAUCGCUCUCUCCAGCAAAUUCUUCAUACUGGCCAGCAGCUGUGGUCCCGAGCCUCAACCCAAGCAUCUACUGCCAACGAUGCACAGGCUGCCAUCCUGCUGGGGUCUCGUGGGGUUGACUUACCUCACAUUAGCAGUCGACUGGAAAACUUAACAACAGCGCGUACACUUCAACCCCUGGAAGCUGUUGCUGACACAGAUAUUGCUGCCUUCCUGAGGAAUGAACGUGAGAAUGCCAUCAUCACGGCUAUUGAAGACUCGAAACGACGGACGAGUGAAGAAGUGGACAAACUGUAUUGGAAGCAGCAACAAGCCGAGUGGGAGCAGAAGAAGCAGGACCUGCUGUCAGCCUUCACACACUCCGGCACUGACCUCCUCAAUAUCACCGUCCAACAACAGGAUAGUAUUGUUUGUGUACCACGUGCUGUGGGAGGUAAAAGCAGCAGCCUGAGCAGUGAAGAAAUGGCUUAUGUCAGAGUCAUCCGGCAAUAUAAUGAAGAGGUUCUACAGGGUGGCAUACGACCCAACUUGGCAGAAUCACUUACCAAUGCUGCAUCUACCAUGGGUGAUCAGGGUAUAUCAGAUUUAUGGGCUCUUGUUCAGUGCCUGACUGAGGUGCCAGUGAGCGUAGGUGGUGAUGCAGCACAGGCACGGGCCUCUCCCAGGGUACAAGCUGCACUUGUAAAACAGGCUCGUGGUCACCUUGAAAAAUCUUAUGCUACUCACAUGAGGCGUAUGGUAUAUUCCCACCUUGAGCGAGCACAACUAGGAGGAGUACCAGGCUUAGUGCCUCUAGUGCGGGCCUUUUUAGAGGUUGUGCUACCACCUCAAGUUAUUAGUACCUUGGAGGAUGGGCAAGCUAGCAGUGCACCAGUGUGGCCUCUCAUCUUCUACUGCAUGAGAGCUGGAGGAAGCAAGGCUGCUUGCCUGGCUGCUGCAGAAAACAGUUCCCCAUCAGUUGUAGAGAUUGUGGUAGCCCUGGAACAAUAUGAGAGGAGCAACUCAGGUCGCUUACCACCUGACAUGGAGAAAAAGUUGAGGAUGUCAUAUAAGAGGACUGUAAAGAAUUCCCCUGACCCAUUCAAACGAGCUGUGUAUUGCGUGUUAAGCCGCUGUGACCCACAUGAAGACCACGCUGAUAUUGCUGCUACUACAGAUGACUACUUGUGGCUUAAACUGUGUGUGGUGGACUGUGACAGCUCACCAUCUGCUUCAACUUCCAGCAGCAGCAGUGCUCAGCAGGAUAUUCUAUCCCUUACACAGCUUCAGAAUCUUCUUUAUGAACAGUAUGGCGAAUCCCACUUCAGUGCAUGGAAUGAGCCACUUCUCUAUAACGUGUCACGAGAAGAUGGUGAUCCUGAGGGAGUACGCAGGUUAAACCUUACUCGUCUUAUUCUCCUCUACACUCGUAAGUUUGACGCCACUGAUCCAUGUGAAGCUCUCCACUAUUGCUUCUUCCUCAGGUCUUUGAAAGGAAAAAAUGGAGAAAGCAUGUUUUCAGGCUGUAUAAGUCAGCUUGUGUUACAGUCUCGUGAGUUUGACAUGUUACUUGGACGUUUGGAACCUGAUGGACGCCGUACACCAGGCAUCAUUGAUAAAUUCAAGGUUGAUGUGAGUGAGGUAACACAAAUGGUGGCACAAGACUCUGAAAAGAAGGGUCUUCAUGAAGAUGCAGUAAAGCUAUAUGAUCUAGCAAAAAAUCAUGAGAAAGUGGUGUCACUGCUGAACCAGCUGCUGAGUCAAGUCGUACAUCAGACUGAAGGUGGUAGUGGUAGUCAGCGUGGACGUGUUGUUGAGUUAGCAACUGCUGUAGCACUCCGCUUCAAGACGCAUGGCCACAAAACUCAUCCCAAUAAUGCUGCUACAUUGCAUCUUCUCUUGGAUCUGACAACUUUUUUUGAUCUGUAUCAUAAAGAAAGAUUUAUGGAUGCUCUAGAGGUUCUGAAAAAGCUUCGUAUUAUUGCUUUGAGACGAGAUGAAGUGGAAACUCGCGUUGCAGGAGUGACAGCUCAGGGAAGUGAAAUACGUAGUGUGCUCCCCCAUGUUCUUUUAGCAGCCAUGACUACAACACAUCGAUUGUAUCGUAUGCCUGCCCAGCCACAGAGUCCUCAAACUUCUUUUAAUACAUCUACUACAGUAACUUCUCCAGCCACCAAACACCUACAAGAACAAGCACGAGCCAUUGUCACUUUUGCCGGUAUGAUACCCAUGAGACUGCAUUCUGAGAUAAAUGCCCGCCUUGUACAGCUGGAGGCUCUCAUUAACUAGUAGGCAUUGCCCAUCAAUUAAUAUUUUUAUUUUAUAUACUUUUGGUGAGAUAUAUAAAAUUUUAAGCUUUUGUGGUGAAUUGACUUGUGUACUUGACUAUGUACUAGGUCCUUGCUGUGUAUAGUCUAGGAUUGGCUUAAUAAAUGUAAAGUUUCUUUAACUGA